AUGCGCGUUGUGCCGGCUGAUCGCUACCAAGUGGAAGCCAUUUCCGUCGUCUUAGAGUAUUUCAACUGGUCACACGUGUCGGUUAUUUUUACAGACAGUAGCUACGGACGCGAAGGGGUGAAAAGACUCAAAUCCGUGCUUGGUCAAAAAGGUAUCUGCAUUUCAAAGACUCUCGAGAUUGGCUACGAGCGAUCAGCUGAUGACAUGCGAAAAACAAUGUCCACUUUGCGUGGCCCCAAAUCUCCCAAAGUGGUCGUGCUUUAUAUUGAAAUCGUCGACGUAGAAUUAAUUCUACGAUCCGUGAAGGCCAUGGGAAUAGAGCAAGAGUAUAUCUGGGUUGCCAGCGAUUCUUUCAGUCUGGGGUUGCCGUAUGAUCUACAGCACAUGGCUGUAGGAUCCUUGACCGUACGGCCAUAUUCGGAGCUGGUCGAAGAAUUCGAACAGGAGUGUGAUAGAAGAAUGAAAAGGCGAUUUCCGCCCACGGAAAAAACGGCGUUCGGAAUACACCCAACGGUAAACAGCUCCAUCAAUGACGAUUUUAACAUGUACAUACCGGCUGGCUUUUAUAUCGACGCUGUGAACGCGCUGGCCACGGGAGCAGAUUUACUUAUUAAAGAGCGAUGCCCCGGGGCGAUCGGGGAAGAGCUACGUAAGUGUGUCCAGCCCGUUAUCCUGUGUCAGCAUAUGAGGAACCUGACGUUCAAUGGUUCGUACGGAGAGAUUUCGUUCGACCAGAACGGAGAUGUAGUCGGAAUGUACGAGAUUAUUCAAUAUCAGGUCGGCCGGAACGGUCAAGUAGAAUACGUCUCGGUGGGGUCGUGGGACAUGCGAACCAACCAUUUGGAAAUCGAAAAUAAAAAACUUCUCUGGCCGGUACCGGGAAGCCAUCGUAAUUUCUCGCGAACGCCCCCUGUGUCAACAUGCGGUGCCCCGUGCCCCGCUGGGUCCAUCUAUUACUACACAAAAGAAACUUGCUGCUGGGAAUGUCGAAAGUGCAAAGAAAAUGAAAUCACCGCCGGAAACUUUUCUAGUUGCAAAAUGUGCCCCAUAUUUUAUUGGCCAGUAGACGAACGGCAGAACAACUGUGAGAAAAUAGCACCGCAUUUCUCGCAAUUCGGUGAUAAAACGGCCAUUAUUGCUUGCUCGGUGGCAUCGUUCGGGUCAUUUGUCUGUAUAUCGAUUGUUAUGAUUUUCUUCCAGUAUCGAAACGACAGGCCAAUACGAGCUUCCAGUCGUGAACUUAGUCAAUUAAUGCUUCUUGGCAUUUCUGUAGCCUACCUCCUCGUUUUCAGCUUCAUGGCUACUCCCAGCGAUGUCGUCUGUUACAUUAAUUAUGUUGGCUUUAAUCUCAGUUUUACACUAGUCUACGCUCCGCUUCUUGUCAAAACAAUUCGGAUUCACCGGAUAUUCAAAUCGGGACGAAAAUCCGUCAAUCUGCCGCCAUGCACGAGUUCCUGUUCACAGCUUGUCAUUGCAGGCACGUUAAUAUUAAUACAAGUAAGAUGCUUUGUUAUUAUUGCUUUUUUUUUUUUCCUGUUUUCUUAA